AUGCUGAUGAGCCCCAGUAAGGGUGAAACAGCUGCUCAUGGCUGUCACUGCCCGCGUGAUAUGGCUGUGCGCAUAUUUGAGGUAAUGGCUAGGCCGUGGGUUGGUGUAUGUGUGCCCCUUGCUGUGAUUUACCGGUAAUUCGUGAUCCACCUUCCCCGCACAUGUUGUGGUGGAACUGCUGUUCGGUUCCCAGCCAACAGCUCCCACAUGUGUUGUGUGGAGCUGGCACUUGAUAGACUGCUUUGCACUCACCUCGGCAGUAAGGAGUUUUUGAGAUGCGGGUUUGCCCUGUCCAUUAACCCAAUGGCUGUGCCACGCUGGUGGGCCCUAGUAAGGGUGAAACAGCUGUCUGUGGCUGCCACUGCCCCUGAAAUCUUUGCUCAUUGUCACUUAGCGAUAGCUAUAACUAGUUAAUAAUUAUUGUUCAGACAUUCAGCCUCUUUUAAAGUAUUCUCAUUUAAUGUUACACCUUUCUCCUGCUACUAGAAGUCUUAAUGAAAACCCUGAAAAGUUGGGCUGCAGUAUUUUAUUUUUGACAAAUUCUUUAAAGUUUAGAAAUUGAGGUCUUGGUGCAAUACAUUACAGUCUACCUUAAGUGCUUUCAUGGCCACAAACUUCAAAGAGAUAAUUAUGGUUGGUGUCAUUUCUAUCCCCUCCCAAAAUCAAAAUAUAAAAGAUGGGAAAUGUACCUGUGUAACAGUUGUAUAAUUAAACAUGUUUGUUUGCCGAUUUCAUCUCAUAACACCUACUUGGUUGCUUAAAUUGUCUUGUUAUUAGAUCAACAUUGAACUUGUUAGUCAGAGACAUGGCUUAAAGUAACCUGUUAUUUUGCCAAAGCUAGGUUGUCAGAUGGUAGGGAAUGAAUAAAGUUAAGGCAAAGGCCUACAAUGUAGAUGCAUGUUGAAAACUUUCUCAUUCUUUUUAUUUUUUUGAUAGGAAGAUACUGGAGGGAACACCAUCACCCAUUUUAGCUGGCAAGUAAGUAAUCUCAGUAGUAGAGAAUGCAUUUUUUAUUUCAGUGGCAACGUAUUUAGCAUGAGCAUACUACACGUACUCGGGGAUACUAUUUUUAUGUACGUCUCCUACUGGAGACGGGACCGCUAUUUUACAUGUACAUUGUCAUCCAAACCACGCGAAUGUUUAUCUGCUUGCAGUGCAGAGGAAGUACCUUCAUUUCUCAGUUAUUUUAUUUAAGACCCUGAGUAUUGGUCCAGUCCCAGGAAUCGAGCCUGCAACUUUUCGUUUUGCAGUCACAUGCUAUACCAACUGAGCUAACACUGUGGCAGUAAAAAUCUGGACUACAUUUAGUAACCUUAAUGUUACAGGUUCGAGUCGUAGUAUACCUGUAGAUUUUUUCUUCUGAAACACCUUAGUCUUUUUUAAUCAGGUUAAAAACAGAAAAUAAAAACAUCUUGGUCAAGUAUUCACCAGAUUUACCAAUCAGAUUUCUAUCAUUUUACAUAGACACAUAUUGAUGUUCUAGUCCCAGCAGUAUGCAGGAUGUUUGUCACAUGAACCUACGUGUAGGGUGCCUUCUUUUGGGAUGAUCCGGAUAAGGAUCAGUGAUCCGUGAUCACUCAGAUCAUGGUAGAUCAAAUGACCUGCCAAAUCCCUGUCCAGAGUGGAUUCAUUGGUUCAUUUGAUCUACCAUGAUCCAAGUGAUCACAGAUCACUGAUUCUGAUCUAGAUCAUCCCAAAGGAAUGCACCUGUGGUUUGUGGCCUUAGCUCCUACCAGUCUGCUAUAACUCAGUGGUAAAGCACGCAGUCGCUGGACUAGCAAUAAAAAGGUCAUUGGUUUUCUUCCAAGUGGCCUGUGUCGUGUGACUGAAAAUAGAAAUGUAACAAACAUUUUCUUGUGCCUGUUACUUACAGUGCACAUUACAGGCAAAACAUACUUACUUACUGCCUAAUGCCCAGGCAAAACAUAUGAUGUCAUUGUAGAAGUACCAGGGUGUUGCCACAUCCUUGUAAGUGGUGAUUUAGAGUCUUUUCCGUAUGUUUUUUUUUCAGUAUAUUAAAUGAAUCCAUUCCCAAAGAUGAAGCUGAUCAACUUCUUCAAGAUCUUCUGCAUGAAAUGAGUAAGUUUUUGUUGCAGGUGACAAGAAGAGCCUGCAAUCCUAAUCUCCGUGUUGUUACAUUGUGUAUUUUGUACAACUGUAUGUAGCCAGUAUUUGUUUGGACUUCCACUAAGAAUGGAUGGAAUGCACAGAACGCAAUUUGAUCACUCGCAUUUGGACCUUCUAUCACUUGUAAUCUGAUUAUGGGUGCUUUGACCAUCUGAUCACAUGAAACAUGCACAAAACACAGCAGCAUGCAUUGGGGCUAAAGCCUUUUGGCCUUUGAUCAUUGUCGCCUGCCCUCCGUAACCUUUGGUUAUUACUAGUUACGUACUAUUUUUCCUGUCUUCAAACUGUUAUUUUGUUGCUAAAAUGAUUUAUUUUCUUUUUUGCAGAUGAGGAAGGUUUUGAUGAAAUCAGGUUCGCUGCCUAUCGAUCCGCUGCCAAACUUCUUUUUGUGCAGAGCAAGACAAACUGUAAGACCUAGUUAAUUUUUUUUGCCAUGACGGUGCAGAUUAACAACUAACUGUUGAUCAUUUUUUUCUGAGCUGGUGUGGCAUUUUGUUAAAUUUGCCCUUGGGUGACUAAGAAAUCUUAGUUAUCCGAGAAGCAGAGAAUUGUAAAUGAAACUUGAGAAUUGAAAUAAUUGUAGAAUCGGAAGUGAAUAAUGGAUCACAACUCUUAUUAUAGUAUUCUCCGAUUCUGAGCACUAAAUUGGAGAAUGGUAGAACGAAUCUUGAGAAUUUACGUAAUUGUAGAAUCAGAAGUGAAUAGUAGAUUAACUCGUAUCAUACCAUUCUCUGAUUUAGCACUUAUCACAUCCUUCUGCCCUGGUUUAGAGUAGCUUAAGCUUUUUUAUGACAUUAUAUUAUCUUGUAAAGACUGAUGUGCAGAGUAUCAUGUUAACCUGUGCAAGUUCACAGAAUUAAAGUUAACAUUGAGAAUUUUUUGUUUACUUCCUGAUAGUGUACUUGGUUGACGUUUUUAACAUGAUUGAAGCAUUUCGAGAAAAUGGACUAAACACUCUUGACCACAACACAGAGCUGCAUGAAACACGACUGGAAGCGAUCGUAUCAAGCAUAUUUUAUGCCUUGAACAAGCGAUUGCCCACAACUCACUAUAUUGAUGUUGAGCGGUCAAUAAGCUUGGUAACAAACUGGCUUUUAUAUGCAUAUGACAGGUGAGAUCUGUUGAACUGCUAGAAAAGUUCUUUUAAUUUAAAGGAACUGGAAAUUACUUUAUUGAUUAUAUACGCACAGAAAUGAAAUGGCAGACUAACCCGCAUUCUAUAUAAUUAUAUUAAAAAUAAUUCUAACAAUACUUCGAGGCUUUAAGGUCAAAAUUGCAAAUUUUACAUGACUCCAUUGUCUUGCAGUUCUCAGAAGAGACUUAAAGACAAAGAAAACCAAACCAAAUAUAGAAAAAUGACCAGAGAGCCUUGGAGUCAUGUUAGAAAGUUAAUAAUUAUAUCGAGUGUGGGCUAUUGUAUGCUCCAUGGACAAGCAAAUCUCAUAUUUUGUUCACUCAGGGCCAUUGCAUGCAUGUCAUACUAUAGUUUGUAGACUUGACAUUUUGCCUGGGCCCUGACCCAUCAAGCAACUGACCAUGUAACUUGCCCAGCUGGAGAGACAGUUGGGGUUUUUCAAUACCUGAUGUGUUAUACCAUGUUGAUAAAACUUCUUCUUUUACACGUGUAUAUCAAGGGCACCAAAGGCUAGGCAGGAAAAGGUAAUCAGAAUUAUUAGGCUACCCAAUGAGAAAUGUUCUCUUUUUAUUCUAUGAUGAAUAAAACCUGUUUAUUGUUACUAUAUUUUUUUAGCUUGAUUUGUUGAAAAAUAAAUUUAAACACGUAUUACUCAAAAAAAUCCUGCCUAUUGAUCACAGGCGGAGACUAGUAGAUUUUAUUCCUGCUGGGCAAUUUUUCUUCUAUGCUUGAGCUUUUCGUGGUGAUAAAGAAGUAAGCUAUGGCAAGACAAAUGUAUUCAACUUGCUGAGCUGAGCAAAAUGUGAGAGCUGGUUGUUCAACAGUCAAGCUAAAAUUCAAGUGUUUUUUUUAAAGCUCUGCAAUAUUUAUUUACAUGAAGAGGAUUUAGUGAUCCAGUGAAGGUUCUUAAUUAUUAGUUAAAUAUGCAAUUUAUUUGUUAAAAUAAUUAUGACCUGUUUUGAAAUAUUAUUAAUUUCUAUUUUAUUUUUUGUGGUGUGACUAUAAUUGCAUGUACAUUUGGAUCUUACUAACCUAAUGUUUGAUUCAAUAGCAUAAGAGUGAUCUCAGCUGAUUCUUCACUGAUUUUUGCAUUGCAGUGAUGCUAUUGGUAGGAUACGUGUAUUGUCAGUCAAAACAGCUCUUUCAACACUGUGUGCUGGCCGUCUUGUGGAUAAACUUAGAUGUAAGAAAUCACGUAUAAUCUCAGUCUGUGUUUUACUAGAAAAUAGCCAU